AUGUGGCCCCAUGGACCCAAGGAGAUGAACUCGAAGGAUGACAGCUGGAAGAACGUACCACUCGAACCGAUAGACGACGAGGACCUGUUGGAAACCCGCCAGCUCAAGGUGUUGCACAGUACUGCAAUGGUCAUCCGAACGGACUACAGCAUCGAGUCACGGCUGUUGGCACGGCGGUCGAGCUACACGCUCAUUGUACGUACACUGGCGUACGUCAAUCGUUUUCUGUUGGCACUCAAGUCUGAAGAUGCAAACUUGGAACCAGGUCUGUCCCCAAACGAAAUUUACGAUGCGAAAGCUCAGUUGGCUCGAUUUGCACAACACGGCGCGUACGAGAAGGAAAUUCAGCUGCUACUGAAAGGCGAAGAACUCCCGGCUAAGGACAAGCUGUCUGCUCUUCAUCCGUUUCUUGAUGGCCAAGGCACAAUGCGAGUAGGAGGGCGGCUUCAGAACUCCUCGCAUCCGUACGAUGUCAAGCACCCCAUCAUCUUGCCGGGCAGCCACAAGGUGACGGAGCUGUUGCUGCGAGAACUACAUUUGCGAAACCUGCACGCCGGACCUACACUUCUCACAGCUACGGUCAACCAACAGUACUGGGUGAUUGGACUCCAAGCAGCUGUUCGUCAAGCGGUUCAAGGUUGCGCCCGGUGCGUGCGGCUCAAGGGAAAGACGGCUUCGCAACUCAUGGGCAGCCUGCCUGUGACUCGAGUGAUGGGGACUAGAGCAUUUGCGCACGUCGGCGUGGAUUACGCAGGUCCAGUGAAGGUUCACGCAUCCUGCGUGCGAGGCGUAAAGACCACAAAGGGAUACAUCGUAGUUUUCGUGUGCAUGGCCACAAAGGCCGUCCAUUUGGAACUCGCCAGUGAUUUAUCUACCAACACCUUCAUUGGCGCACUGAAGCGGUUCGUAUCGAGGCGUUCGCACCCGAACGAGAUGUGGUCCGACUGCGGCACAAACUUCGUGGGAGCAGACACGUGGCUGAAGGAGAUCCGAGGUGCGCUGGAGAAGCACAACGUAGCUGCUAACCGGUUCCUGACUAAUUUGGGCAUCAAAUGGGUGUUCAAUCCACCAUCAGCACCGCACCGUGGUGGGCUCUGGGAGGCCGCGGUAAAGAGUGCAAAGAAGCAUCUGGUCGCGGUGCUAGGAUCCGACGCAGCUACAUUUGAGGAACUUUCAACGGUGCUGACGCAAGUAGAGGCAUGCCUCAAUUCACGUCCGUUGUGCCCACUUUCAGCGGACCCGGAUAGCUACGAAGCAUUGACACCUGGUCACUUCUUAGUUGGACAACCGCUAAACCUCAUCCCGGAACCAGGUGUGCAGCACCUCCCGAUGAAUCGCUUGGACAAGUGGCAAUUGGUACACAGACAUACGACGGAUAUUUGGAGCCGUUGGCGGGAUGAAUAUCUCGCUCACCUGCAGCCAAGAACGAAAUGGAGGACGACCGAGACCAACGUAAAGGAGGAUCAGCUGGUGCUGGUCAAAAACGACAACGCACCGCCGACUCAGUGGGAGUUGGCCAGGAUUGUGAAGCUGCACCCGGACGCAUCUGGAGUUGUCCGGACGGUAACGCUGCGACGAGGUCAAGCGGAGUACUUGCGCCCCGUUCAAAAGAUCUGUGUACUACCAACUGAUUGA